CAUUUUCCCGGUACUUCUUCUUCCCUCCACAACCACUCCCCACAACAACAAAAGCCAACAUGGCUGCUCUCAAGCUUGCUGUUGCCGUAGCCCUCUUCGUGGUAGUUGCUGCCUUGCCCAGUGAUCCCUACGGCAAGGAACCAGGGAUGCCCUACGACUUCGCCUACGCCGUGAAAGACGACUACACCGGCAACGACUUCGGCCACAGCGAAAGCUCCGACGGGAACGUCGUUAAGGGCGAGUACUUCGUCCUCCUCCCCGACGGACGACGACAGAUCGUCACCUACACCGCCGACCACGAAUCUGGCUACGUCGCCGAUGUCAAAUACGAAGGUGAGGCCCAAUACCCUUCACCAGCCCCUGCUUACGGACAAUAAAUGAAAAGUCUUACCCUUUUACGAAGCCACUCGAAUCGAAAAUGCUAGCUGAACCAGGGGUUGGUUGAAAUCAGGCGACGUUCUCAAACACUUCUGUGAAAAGGAACUUGGACAUCAGGAGCAUCGAAAUCUACUGGUAAAACUUACGACAGCAACAUUUUCUCCUUUUUUUCGGUAUAACUCUACCUACUUUUGAUUGUGAAAAAGUGUCGUGCAAAAUUGACUUUUCCAUGGGCGCCUUAAGUCAUUUCAGACUUUUCUAUAUCUGGCAUUAUAAAUAGAUGAGUGUACAUUGCAGCAUAACACUCUGGGAACGAUUUUCAGAAGCGUCAUUCACACUGGUUCUUGUGAGCCUGUCAAGGCAGCCCUGCCACAGUCUAUCACGUGGGAGUGAAUCCUCGCCCCCUCUUUUCUUCAGUCAACUUUCUGUAUUUAUUACGAAAUGAAAAAGAAUCAUAAAAAUACAUAACAAGGAAAAAAUUGACGAUACGUUUUGGGAAUUUUGAUAACUUGCUUCCUCCUGAGGAUUAUUGUGCUUGCUGGUUAAAAAACAAUAUAUUGUGCCAUUUUAUUUUUAACAGGAUUUCUCUCAGUUAGCUUCAUCUGCUCAUUUAUAAUACUCACUGGAACUUUUGGAUUUCCUUUAAGGUUAUAUUCUCCAUUUUCAACAAUGAUUGCUCCGAUAUCAUUUUAUUAUUUUCUAUCGACGAUACUCUGGUCAGCUGAGAAAGCUAUCCAGAUACUCUUUUAACAUUAUUCAUACUUCUCUCUCACGUUUUAUAUUGGCUAGUUCUGCCUUUGAGCAGGGUUUUGUUCGUAAGCUUUUUUGUUUUAUUCAUGUUAUCCUUAAAGAUGAAGCUUCUGUUGGGAGUGAGUAGAGUCAUUUAGAAAAUUUCAGCGACAUCUUUUGCAUGUUUAGGUCACAAAUUAAGUUAGGUAGCUUGCACAAUUCCUUAUUUCCCCCGUUGGCAUUCUGAUUCUGUGUUUGUGUCUCCAGUCGUCUCUGUUUGUGUUCGACUUCUAGAAAGUAAUUCUUUGUCAUUUGUUCUCUGUUCAUUUUGGUAAUAUUUCAUGCAUCAUUCUGUUUUUCUCAUCAUGUCCUUAUCUUUGAUUUAUGUGAAUUGUAAUACAUACUCUCGUUUGUCUAUCGUCGUCUUGUCACACUUUCUUUUCAUCAGAAAACUUCAGUUUCGGAGAGAC